CUCCCCUCAAAACUAAAGUGUAUAACACUCUGGAGAGACCCACAAUGUGUGUCAGAGGACCGUCUUAGCUCCAAAAGUAGAUGACUGAUCCAAAUCUGGUGUCUGUAUUAACUGCUGACUGCAAGAUACGAGAAAUAUCGAUUCACGCGUUUUCAUCCCAAGUAAGGACGAGGAUUUUCGAUUGUUGGAUAGAAUGCCGGCGAUCAUCAGUAAAAACUCCGAUUUGGAGUUUGAUUCCUUACAACCAUGCUUCUAUCCGGACGAGGACGACUUCUACCUCUGUGGUCCCGACGCUGCGCCACCGGGGGAGGACAUCUGGAAGAAAUUCGAGCUGCUGCCCACUCCGCCCCUCUCUCCGAGCCGCGCAGCGCUACCGGGAGAGCCGGCGGCCGCAACUGCCUCUUCAGAGGCAGAUCCCCUCGGCUUCAGCUUAGGGGACCCCCUGGACUGGGCUUCUGAGCUGCUGCUCCUGCCCGAGGACGACAUAUGGGGGGCAUCCGACGACGGGGACCUUUUCGGCUCCUCUGUGGAUACAAAUCCCAACAACAUCAUUAUCCAGGACUGUAUGUGGAGCGGCUUCUCCGCCAGGGAAAAGCUGGAACGAGUGGUAACGGAGAAACUGGGUAAGGCGAUUUCAACGGCAUCGGCCGGGGGAAGGAACGCGUACGUCAGGGUGCCGGAGGUGGUGAGCCGCAGCUCGGUGUCGGAGUGCGUGGACCCCGCAAUAGUGUUCCCCUUCCCGGUGAACAAGAAGAGCAGCAGCAGCAGCAAGGACGCAUCUGGGACUGUUAACGCGUCCACAGCGAAUGGAAGCGCAGCUAGUGACUCCGAGGAGGAAGACGAAGAUGAGGAUGAGGACGACGAAGAAGAGGAUGAUGAGGAGGAGGAGGAGGAUGAGGAGGAAGAAGAGGAGGAAGAGAUCGAUGUGGUUACAGUAGAGAAGAGACGCUCCACAAUCAGCAAGACAUCUCCCAUGACCACAGGUAUAGGAACCAUCUGUGUUAAUCCCAAGAGCCAAGAUGCAAGAGGGAUUGUCUCAGGAUCUGGGGUCGUGAGUCGGUUCAUCAGCCGGGCCCCUCAGGAGCUCAUCCUGAAGAGGAGCUCGGUCCAUCAGCAGCAACACAACUACGCGGCACCCUCGCCCUAUGCCUCAGAUGAUGACCUGACCCCACCUCCAAAGAAACAGAAGACAUCAGAGACAUCGCGCCCUCCCAUCAGAACCAGUUCAUCGUCCUCUACAUCCUCCUCCUCGUCCUGCACCUCUGCCCCCAGCAUCGCGGGGGCCCGCAGCAAGCGCAGCACCAGCGGGGACAGCAGUCCGCGCGGUAGCUCCGACUCCGAGGACAGCGAGCGCCGACGAAACCACAACAUCCUGGAGCGCCAGCGACGCAACGACUUGCGAUCCAGCUUCCUGACCCUGCGCGAUCACGUCCCGGAGCUGGCUCACAACGAGAAGGCGGCAAAGGUGCUGAUCCUGAAGAAGGCAACCGAGUACGUUUGUUCACUGGAGACGGAGGAGAUGAGGCUCCAGCAGGAGAAGGACAGGCUGCAGGCUCGCAGACAACACCUCAUGCGCAGGCUGGAGCAGGCUAGGACUCGCUGACAGACAACCGCUACAACAUGAAACCCCUCGCAUAGACCCUGGAGGAACCCCUC